GGGCCCGCCCCUUCCGCUGUCAGUGACGCGGGCGGGCCCCGGUGCGUGCCCCGGUGCGUGCCCCGGGUCCGUCCCGGCCCCCUCCCGGCCCCGCCAUGCGCAAGUUCUUCCAGGAGAUCAAGGCCGACCUCAAGUUCAAGACCGCGGGGCCCGGGCAGAAGCUGUCGGAGCCGUCCCGCGCCCCCAGGGAGAGCCCGAAGGCGGCGGCGGCGGCUCCGAAGCCCCGGCAGGGCCCGACGGAUGAGGCGCAGAUGGCGGCGGCGGCGGCGCUGGCUCGGAUGGAGGGGAAGCCCAAGGCCAAGCUGGCCUCGUCGCAGGAGGCCAUCAGGAGCCAGGUGAGGAAGGAGCUGAUGGCUGAGGCGGCUGCCGCUGAGAGAGGGCUCGGUGCAGAGGAAGAGGACACUGCCCCCGCCGCUGAGGAAGGGGCGGCUGCGCUCUCCGUUUCGGGGGUCUACUUCAUCUGCCCCUUGACCGGGGCGGUUGUCAGGAAGGACAGGAAGGAGCAGCACCUCAGGGAAGCCAUCCAGUCAUAUUUCUCCGUAGACCCAGUGGCUGCCUCCAUCAUGGAGAUUCACACCUUCAAUAAGGACCGGGAGAGAGUGCGAGUGGGGCUGGAGACCGUGGCCAAGUACCUGGAUAAUAUCUAUCUCCAUCCAGAGGAGGAGAAGUACCGGAAAAUCAAACUGCAGAACAAAGUGUUUCAGGAAAGGAUAAGCUGCUUGGAAGGGAUACACAGAUUUUUCCAGGCUAUCGGGUUUGAGACAAAAACACUGCCCAUUCCAGGACAAGAGACCACGGAGGAGUUCUACGUCCUGAAGGAGGACGUGCUGAGCAGGCUGGAAGACCUCAAGCACUACAAGGAGCAGCUGCUGAGCUCGGAGCCCGUGCGAGCCCGGCUGGACCGGCAGCUCUGUGUGUUCAAACCAUCCCCUGAGGCCGCUCGGUUUGAGCUGCCCCCCGACUUCUACAACCUCACUGCCGAGGAGCUCAAACGAGAGCAGCGGCUCCGGACAGAAGCGGUGGAGAAGGCUUCAAUGCUGAGGACAAGAGCCAUGCGAGAGAAGGAAGAGCAAAGGGAGAUGCGGAAGUACAACUACACCCUGGUCCGAGUCCGCUUUCCCGAUGGAUAUCUCCUCCAAGGGACUUUUAAUGCACGAGAAUCAGUCUCCGCGCUCUACGCCUUUGUGAGAGAAGCGCUCAGAGAUGACUGGCUGCCCUUUGAGCUCCUGGGACCUGGAGGUCUCAAACUCACAGAUGAGAACUUGGCCUUCAAUGAAUGCGGGCUGGUACCCUCAGCCCUGCUGACGCUGGCCUGGGACGCAGCGCUCAUGGCAGACAUCCAGGCGGCGGGAGAGGAGCAGCCACGAAGCCCCCUGAAACCAGAGAUUCUCGCCAGAGUCCAGAUACUGUCGUGAAAUAAAGGGCAGCGGAGCCAGUGCUGGAGCUUUGAGCCUCUUCCCUCCCUUUCCCGUGCGGACUGUUGGGGCUUGCAGCUCCCCUGACCUCAGCAAUGACGGGGGGUUCAGCUCUGCGGAGCAGGAGGCUUGCUUCGGCCGUGUCACACCAGCCUCCUGGGCACCUCCAGGUGGUUCCAAGCCCGAGAUGAAGCACCACUCUCCUCCCUUGGAGGGGGGGACUCAGUGCUAGCACUAGGCUGGAUUCCCACUUGAGCCUGGAUCUAGGGCUGGGCUUAGAACCCAGCUUUUCCUUUUGCUUCUGUGUGCACUGGAACCCCUAUUGCAGAGAGUAUAUUUAUCUAAAGUGAUGGGAAUGGUUAAAGACUCUGUUCUGUUCAGAGCUGUUUGAACUGCUCUGUAGGGUUGACAUGCAGACGAGCUCCCGUGAGCGCCGGGGCUGGCACUGGGGGUACUGGUGUCACUGUGGCAUCACCCACCUCUUCACUCCAUGCACCCCCAGGCAGACCAAGGCACUGACAGCACCUCCUUCUGCUGCCCACCGCUGAGAGCUGCAGCCUCAAACUGCAGCCGGGAGUUUAGGGAAGUAAUCCAUCAACUCACAGGCCAGGGAAGGUUAAUAUUCCCAGCAAGUUCGUUACCUACAGGAGCAAGGUUGAUGCUAGUUCAGUCUUUUAUAGGGCAGUGGUGGUGGCUUUGCUAUAGGGCAGAGCCCAGCCUGCACUUACACAGCUCCUGCUGCAGCAGUGGGUACAAGAGCCCAACAAUCAGCCCUGACAAGCAAUUAACACCAGCCUAAAGCUAGGGGAAACAAGGUGUGGUUUCUUCUCUUUCCCCAAGGUAAAGCCCUGCUGCUGUGCUCGGGAGCAAGGAAGACCACAAACAGGAGGACAGAGAGAGCAUAAAUUCAAAUAUAAUUGUACAUCAUUUAUACCCAAGGCCAUGCUAUACAACAUUAUGAACAGUCAUUCCCCCAGUGGUAUCACAAUAAGCUUAUUCCAGAAGCCCUCUGCUAGUCUUAGAGAUAAUUUAGAUACCUUCCAUUACAAAGAAGUAUCAAAAGAUCAAUAAUGCUUUAUUAAGGACAGAUUAAGAUGCAGGAUUUUCUUCUUUUAAGCUAAAAACUAGGACUAAAAACGUAAGCUUCCAUCGGGGCUGAAGCAGAACAAAGUGCUGUCUUCUCUUUACAAGAAAUCUGGAAUACUUUCAAGUAUCUCCUUCAAAGAUACGCUGGGCUUAAGUUUUUCUAACUCAUUCUACGUACAUCCAGAGAAGUUAGUAGGUGGUUAAGGCUCAAACUGAAUUAGAUGGGCCGAGCAUGCUGGUGUCCUGGGGAGCAGCUCCUGCACCACUCGAGUCCAAAGCUGCCACUGUAGAAUCUGCAAAGGAGAAAAGGGGUUGGUUUGGGUUGGGUGGUUGGGGGGUUUUAAGUAUCCUCAUGAAUGGAGUAGGACGGGACUGCUCUCUGCUUUCUGUGUCUCCCCUUGGUGCGAGUCUCCUUUCCAAUGCUAUUUAAAACCUGGGUUUCAGAUUGGGUUAACAUCAAUCCAGAAUAAAAAUCACUUCAACCAUCAAAAAAGAUCUGCCUCAUCUUUGCAGUGCUUUAGACUCAGGCCGAGGCAAACAAAGACAGUUGCAUGUGUGUCAACAGAGCCUGAGGAAGGGAAGCUGCUGAACAGCAGCCCCAUCCUCAGGACAAGGCUUUCAUCUCCCUCCACUCUUGUAAUAAGCAAAAAGCAGCUUAAGAUUAAAUGGAAAGCUUCUUGUCAAA